ACUUAACGGUCACCACCAACACUUUCUUUCUAACAUAACCAUUCCAGCAAACAAAUUUUAAGAAAAGGAAAAUGAAGAAUCUUUGUCAGAAUUUCGAUGUCAGAGCCAAGAUUCCGUUAAAACUGGGAAAACCCACUUGGGAAGUUUUGUUUCCGCGUAGAUUGUGGUUUCCGACGUGGACAUGCGAGGAGAAGAAACUGAAGACGAAGUGCGGCGAGAGAGAGGGGUGGAUUGAGUCUGCAGGGAAAAGCGCGUUUGGGUUUGGCGUUUCCGCCGCGCUUUUGUGCUCUGUGUUCGGCCACUCCCCCGCUGCGCUGGCGGAGUCCCUCACCGUUGCUUUUCCCGUUUCACGGGCGCCUGAGGUAAAUGCAGUUCAAAGAACUCUUGUGGAGGCAUGGGGUUUAAUUCGAGAAACAUUUGUUGACCCUACAUUUAAUCAUCAAGAUUGGGAUUUGAAGUUGCAGCAAACCAUGGUGGAAAUGUUUCCCCUGAACUCAGCUGAUGCUGCAUACACAAAAAUCCGUGGAAUGCUUUCUACCCUUGGAGAUCCUUUCACUCGAAUUAUUAGCCCAAAGGAAUACCAAGGGUUUAGAAUUGGAAGUGAUGGGAACUUACAAGGAGUGGGCCUCUUCAUAAAUGUUGAACCAAGAACAGGACACUUGAUUGUCUUGUCUUGCAUAGAUGGCAGUCCAGCUGCUCGUGCUGGUAUACAUCAAGGAGAUGAAUUGAUUGAGAUAAAUGGUGAGAGGCUUGAUGGCAUUGAUAGUGAAACUGCAGCACAAAGGCUUAGAGGGAAUGCUGGAACCACUGUGACAGUAAAGGUUCAUUAUGUCAAAGACUCAGGGAGAGGAUCUUAUAUCCGAGAGGUCAAACUUCCUAGGGAGUUAAUCAAGCUCUCUCCAAUAUCAAGUGCUAUCAUCCCUCAUAGAUCCCCAGAUGGUCAUCUCACAAAAACAGGCUAUGUGAAAUUGUCAGCAUUCUCUCAGACUGCUGCUGAAGACAUGAGGAAUGCCAUUCAGGAACUGGAAAAUCAAGGAGUGCACUCAUACAUACUAGAUCUUCGCAACAAUCCUGGUGGCUUGGUAAAAGCUGGCCUUGAUGUUGCACAGAUGUGGCUAGAUGGAGAUGAGACUCUGGUGAACACAAUCGAUAGAGACGGGAACAUGUUACCCAUUAAUAUGGUCAAUGGACAUGCUAUAACACAUGAUCCACUAGUGGUGAUUGUCAAUGAGGGAAGUGCAAGUGCCAGUGAAAUUUUAGCUGGGGCAUUACAUGAUAACGGUCGAGCUAUUCUCGUGGGGCGCAAAACAUUUGGUAAAGGAAAGAUUCAGAGUGUCACUGAGCUUCAUGAUGGAUCAGCCCUGUUUGUCACAGUGGCAAAAUAUCUAUCACCAGCACUUCAUGACAUAGAUCAGGUUGGGAUAACACCAGAUGUGCAAUGCACAACAGAAAUGCUCAAUUCAACCAAGGAGAUUUCAAGUUCAACCAAAGACAAGGCCUCAGUUUCAUCUCUUGAAGCAGAUUCAUGCAUAAUGGUGGCAGAACAUGCACUGGAUAUGGAGGAAUCCAAGGGUACUGCUUCUUGAACAACUUCAUUUUCUUUGUAUCACACUUUCUUUCAAUAUUUAACAGUUGAAAGAAAGGGUAGCUUAGUGCUGCUGUUUUAGCCAAUUCAUCAAUUUGUACAAUAACGUCACAUUGGGAUCGCCAAGGUAUACAAAAUAGUGGAACAGAUUGUAUAUACAACUCAAUAGAAUAGUAGAAAAUUUACCUCAUACUUGAAGCA